GGUACCGGAUUCCCUCCUUAUUGUCCGGCAAAAUUACAAGGGUUAUUGCAAGAGUGGCUGAUUAUUCAGUUAGAAACACAAUUUCAAGCCCAAAUACAACAAAAUUAAUACUUAUGAAUGACCAAAUAAAACAAUUAACCAGAAAUUAUCUCGAUAGUUUAAAUUUGCCUUCUUAUCAGUUAGACGAUAGCCAGAAGCAAAAGAUAAUUGAUAUUAAUAGUCAAACCGAAUGGAUAAUUUUUCAUUCGGGGUCUUUAACAGCCCAGGAAAAAGAAUAUAGUGACUAUGACAUGGGGCGGUAUAGAUUAAAGGAGGAUGAGUGGGAAGAAAGAGAUGUGUUAGACCGUAAUGAUGGGGGGAGAGAUAGGAAUGAUAUGCCUUUAAAUCCAAACUACGGGCUUCCGACUGGGAGAACAGAACGAGAAAUAAUUAAAAUCUAUGUGGGAGAGGAAGGCGUUACAGUCAAUGUUAUUAUCUUCAUGGGCGGUUCAGGAAUAUUAGGUGGUCGUAAACAACCGGCUUUUGAUGCUAAUUAUCUUAGCGGCAGGGU